AGGCCUGCUUUUGUCUAAAAAUACAUCUUGUUUGUACUUAUAUUUUAGGCACAUCGCAUUACUAUCAAUAUGAGAAUGCCAUUCAGGGAGACGAUGAAAUCCUAAUUGAUGUUGAAAUUCAAUUGGCCGAUUAUUACUUGUUGGAAAAUGAGCAGGAGUUGGAGUUUAAUGUCAGUUUUGAUUACAGUAAAGAUCGUCAAACAACAAUUACACAGUUGAUUAAGGCAAUUGUUACUAGUGUUGAAACACCAGAUCUUGUCUAUACCCUCAAUAUACCAGAAUAUGAUCCUAUGGAGCUCAACCCAGGGGAUCUUUUGCUUGUCAAUUCAACCAUUGAGCACAGUACCCUGUCAAGUGCUCAUGCAUAUGGCCUCAUCGUCAACUUGAUGGUUCCAUUCUACAUUAAAAUUGACGAUUCAGUUGAGAUUGAAGGGACCUCCAUGAUAGAAACCGAUAUGUCUACAAGUGAUGGCGUUCAAUUUCAAGUAAGGAGUGUUUUUUA